ACAAAGGGAAGGAAAUUUGUCGAAUUUUAAACGAAGCAUUGAAAAGUGAAGACGAGUUUUACCUUCAAGUGCUGAAAAUUUUGUGUUUUAAUUGAUUUCCAACAACUUUAAUUGCUUAAAAACUGCGAAUUAUUUGGAAUAACACAUAGGAACAUAUUGCAAAUAAAAAACUCAUAACAAAAUGUCGCUAUUCGGCUCAUUAAUGGGAGAUUUCGAUGAUGACCUUUUCAUGGGCAAUCACAUGAAUGCCAUGAACAUGCAAAUGCGUUCGAUGAAUCGUUUUAUGAACUCAUUCAUGCCCGAUCCAUUCAAUAUGUUGGCACCAUUCGACCCCGGAUUCCAACAGAAUGCGCUCAUGGAGCGUAGCAAUCAACAUGUGGCUAAUCCAAUGGGUGGACUUUUCGGCUUUCCAGCAAUGCCAAAUAUAAAUAGAUUACUUAGUGCAGAUAUUGGUUCGCCAAACGGCGCCUCAUAUUGCUCCAGCUCAGUGAUUACUAUGUCCUCGGGUCCAGAUGGUCGCCCACAAAUUUAUCAGGCAACAACUAGUACAAAAACUGGACCAGGUGGCAUACGUGAGACACGUAAAACCGUUGAGGAUUCAAGGCGUGGCAUGAAGAAAAUGGCUAUUGGUCAUCAUAUUGGGGAACGUGCGCAUAUUAUUGAAAAAGAACAAGAUAUGCGUUCCGGUCAGUUAGAGGAGCGUCAAGAGUUUAUAAAUUUAGAGGAAGAUGAUGCAGAGGACUUCGAUCGUGAAUUUACCAACCGGGCACGUGCUGGUGUACGUGGUGCGCGUCCACAAGAGAUGAUCACYAUUGAAUCGGCUGAUGAUGACGAUGACGUGCGUCCACGUCAUUACAACAGACAUCACGGUAGUGGUGGACAGCAUCGCAGACAAUUGCCAGCCUUGCCCGCACCGCCACAACAACAGAAUAGCUCGACAUUGUCCCCUUCAUCGUCGGUUGAAUCGUUAAACUCCAACUCUAAAAACAACAAACGCCACAAUAACAACACCGACACUUUGUCUACGGAGCGCGCAAAUGCAAACGCCACCACAAAAAACAAAAACACAGCUUCAACGUCAACACAAAACAGCAAUAGUAAAGUCAGCAACAACAAUAGCUAUUUGACAUCGCAAACAACGCUUCGGUCUCCGUCCGCUGCCGGCUAUCAUCGCGGUAUCACAGCACGUCGUCCAUUACGUACGCCAUCGUCGUCGCCCCUUGCCACCACACCGACCAAUCACAGUCACAGCACAGCGCCAACGACAAGUGUACAUCCCCAUCCAUAUAACGCUUCGGCCGCACGCCGCAAUUACCGCUCUAAACACAGCAAACAACACCAACAGCCACAUCAACCACAAACGCUGACCAUAACCGAGGUAAUCGAUGACGACGAUGAUGAAGAGGUGCAGCCAACAGCCGGUGCGGUAAUCGUAGAAGAGGUGGAAGAUGAUGCAGGACCCGCAACAGUAAUCAAUCCAGCAGCCGCCGCCGCAGCAGCAGCUAACAGAACGGCUACUAAAUCUCAGAAAUCCCCUCAUCAUUAAAACCUUUGAAAUCCAUUACAUACAUACAUACAUAUAUUAAUUGCGCGUGGAAGUAUGUGUUGUUGUAACGCUGAUGAAUGAACGAACGGACGCAUUAAUUUAAGUAGUUGACCACAUUGAUAAUAAUGAAAUGUUCAAGGCGUUGAGGUAUUAAUGAGACGAGGCAAAUGUAGUGGGGAUGUGCGCAGCAGCAAGCGCCAAUUAAUUAUUUAGUUAAAUAGUCGAAGUACACGUUUGGUAGUUGAGUUGGGGAGCGCGUUGGCAGUUCGCGUAAAUUGAAAUGCAGCGCUGUUCGUGCGUGUUUUAUAGAAUUUUAAGUAGUGGGGGCAUAUAAGCAAAACAAAACAAAAGCAAACAAAAAUCUAUCUUAGGAUAACACUUAAUAAACCCUUAACAUUUAUUAGUACUGUAUAAAAAUAAUUAUCUACACUUUAUGCUGCGCGUGCCCAUCAAUAACAGAAAAUUUUAAAGAUGUUUGUGCUGCGCAUAACGAAAAACAAAAAGAAAACACAUYAAAGCAAAAACAUUCUAAAGCAGUUAUUUUAUGAAAAGAAACGUCAAAUUAAUUGUAUGAUUGAUUUUAUAAAUACAUGCUUAUUAAAAGUCUUAUGCUGUGCUGUACCGUAGCUGCUGCACCUUUCAAUGCAUAUACAUACAUACAAUUUUAUUAUAACAUAUAAUUACAAUAUACAAAACUUAUUUGAUUUCCACCAACACAUACAUAUACAUAUACUAUAUCGAAAAUACUAUAAAUUCUAAACUUAAACUAUGUAUUAUGAAGUAUAUUUGUAAAUUUAUUAGCAAUACAACGAUAAAAAAUGUUUGCUUAAAGAACUAUGAAAUAUAUCUUAGCUAUUGAUGCAAUAUGAAUUGAGAUGUUGUAUACAAA